AGGACUAUGAUGUAAUUCUCCGUGUAUACACAUAUAUAGACCUAUGUGUGUCUGCAGUCUUGGCUUACAUUAGUAGAUCAUACGUGUUUGCGGACACAGGACCCAUGCUGUGAGACAGUAAACGCGCCUCGCUUGGUCGGCUCGCUUUGACAGUCUUUGGGGUUGGUCAUGUCUACUCACCAACAGCGAGGCAAUGACACAUAGGUCUACCAGUUUGUCAACUUGUUUUCACACAUGAUCAUGUGCUGCUGAGAGAGCGGCGUUGUUGUUGUUUUAGCAGGGAAAACGGAGAGAUCAUGGACAGUCCUUUGGAAUCAGAGGUAAAACCUCUGGUCAAGGACAGGAACGCUGUCGUUACAGACGAUGGUCAAGUCGUCUUUAAACAGGGUGGCGUCUUCAGAAAAGGCGUCCUGGAAGUUGUAGUCAUUACGUUUUACACAGCCUUGAUGUCAUUCUUCCCAAUAGUUCAACAGUAUAUCUAUAACAGAGUUCUUACAGAGGAGAUGAACAGAAACCCAGUUAACGCGUCAGUCGUGACUCACACUGAUGACACCACAGAAACGUGUGGCAGGAACGGGAGUAGCGCCGCCGAGGCGGUUGCCCAGAAGCAGGCCGCUCAGUGGCUGCUCUACUUUGGUCUUGCCACAAAUAUCCCUGGGAUCUUUUCUACGAUGAUUCUGGGGGCUUACACGGACUUCCGAGGCAGGAAGAUCGGCAUGAUCGUACCAGCCAUUGGGAGUUUGAUAAGAACGGUUAUUUCUAUGUUCGUGAUUGGCCUAGACUGGCCGAUGGCCUUGUUCGUGGUCGGUGGCUUGAUCGACGGCACUUGUGGCUCGUUCGGCACCGUGUUCAUGGCGGCGUUCGCGUACUUAGCGGACACCACUCAACCCGGCAAGGAGCGUACCAUGAGGAUCGCCAUUCUCCAGGCGGCCAUAGGUAUCUGUAUGUCGGUGGCUCUGAUGGGAACCGGCUUCCUCAUUAAGGCGGCUGGGUUUUUCUAUCCGAUGUUUUUGAGUCUGGGAUCGCUUCUCAUCAACGUCCCACUGGUUCUGUUCCUCUUGCCAGAAACCAUCCAGAAGCGCAACGACAUCCGGAUCUUGGACUGGAAGCGAAUCAGCAACGCCUUCAUCACGUACGUUAAACCCAGAGAGGAUGGCAAGCGCUGGAAGCUUCUCAGCCUCCUCCUAGCGCUCUUCAUGGUUGACAUGGUACAGAUUGGAAAAGCCCAGAUAGACACCCUGUUCCAGUUAGGCGUCCCUUUCUGCUGGGACUCCGUGAAGAUCGGUAUCUACAGUGCAAUCGCCAUGUUCCUACAGAUCUUUGGUUUGCUGGCCUUCCUGAGGCCUUUACAAAAGUUUUUUUCUGACAACACUAUCGGUAUAAUAGGAUCUGUGUCAGGAACUGCUUUUCUCAUCAUGACCGGGCUCUCUGUGAAUGACGCCAUGUUAUAUGCAGCUCCUUUCAUUGGCCUACUAUACGGGGUACCAUCGGCUAUGUUAAAGGCUGUUAUGUCUUUAUACGUCGGAAAACAGGAACAAGGUUGCCUGUUUGCCGGGAUAUGCAGCAUUCAGAUGUUAUGCUCUACCGUGGGAAGUGUCGUGUUUAACGCUGUCUACAUGGCCACAGUCACCACCUUCGCUGGCUUCGUUUUCAUCUUAAUGGCAAUUCUCUUUGUCAUCUGUAUCGUUUGUAUGACUGUUGUGGAGAUAUUCGGUAGAGCUGGGAAAAGGUACGAGUCGAUAACCCCCGUUGCCGGACAGUGAACAGGCAACUUAUCAGAUCUGCUCAGCACCUGGGAAAGCAAGAAACGAGAAGGACUCCGGUGCAAUAUUUGAUACUGUACAUAUGUAAAUAUAUUUUUUAUCUUACGUAGUGUUUACUGAAUAAAGUUCCCUUUUUGUGUGACGAGUUUGUGAUUUGGAUUUCA